AUGCAACCCUCUUCGAUCUCCCCCUUUCCUUCUUUCCGCAACGGCUGCACAGAGCAUGGGAGAGGCAGCAGCGGCGGUGCAGCAGGUGGGGCGGACUGUCCUGGUGGUGGAUGCACACAUGCUGCCCUGGUGGGACCACCUCAUGCCACCCCUUUCUCAUCACCCCCUUUCCCCUUCCCCACCUCCCCCUCUCAUCCCCUUCCCUCGUCUUUCAAACCACGUGAGCAGAGCAUUGGAGAAGCGGCUGCAGCGGUGCAGCAGGUGCGGGCCACGGUGCUGGUGGUGGAUGCACACAUGCUGCCCUGGUGGGCCCACCUCAAGCCGCUCUGCCCCUCGCUGCGACUGGGGGUUCUUAUCUCUGAGGGGCCCACUGCUACCACUCCCUCCUCUGCCUCCUCCUCCUCUGCUCUCUCCCACACGGCGCUCAUCUUGCAGUCCCUGGCCAAGCUAGCAUGUGCGGGGUACCGCCAUGACGAUGUGAGUCACGUCACUCUUUUGAAAUGUAGGUCACACAAUACCGGCACCCCCAAGGCAGCUGCUCUCUCCCACACGGCGCUCAUCUCGCAGUCCCUGGCCAAGCUGGCGCGUGCCGCAUAUCGGCACGAUGAUGCAGCUGCUCUCUCCCACACGGCGCUCAUCUCGCAGUCCCUUGCCAAGCUGGCAUGUGCGGGGUACUGCCAUGACGAUGCCUUCCUGCACGUGGCGCCUCUGUGCCACAUAGGAGGCAUCUCCUCGCUCCUCGCCAUGCUCACAGCGUGUGCUCGCAACGUCCUCGUGCCGCGCUUCCUCCCCUCCCACCUCCCCCGCCUCCUCUCCCGCCAUCGCAUCACGGCCCUUAUUGCCGUCCCUGCAAUGCUCACUGAUCUACUGAAUGCGUGCAGUGGCGAGAAAACCUUCAUCGCAGUCCCUGCCAUGCUCACUGACCUACUGAGUGCAUGCAGCAGCAAACAACGAGAACCAAGCACUUCCUUCCCGCUCGUGAGAACGCUGCUGGUGGGGGGAGGCGCAUUGAGCCCAUCGCUGCAGCGGCACACAGAGGCUCUCUUCCCAUGCGCGCGCCUCAUGCUCGCCUAUGGUAUGACAGAAGCAGCUUCCUCCAUCACAUUCGCCAUGCUGCGGGACCCUGCAGGGGCAGAGACGGCUGGGGCACAGGCUAGUGCGAGGCCAGAGGGGCAAGCGCAAGCAGCGCCCUUUGACUCUACCGCAGUGCCAUCGUCUCCAGCGCCAGCAGCAGCAGCAGUGCUAUCACUACCAUCAUCAGCACCAACAGCAUCAGCGUCAGCCUGUUGUGUGGGCUUCCCUGCUCCCCACGUUCAAGUCUGCAUUGCGCCCCUCCCUCCAGAUGACACUCACCCUCCUCCUCCUCCCCGGCUCGACCCUCACUCAACCCUACCCCAUCAACACUCGCACUCCCCCCUCAAUCACCCCGCACUUCAAUCCAGCCAGCCCUCAGCUCACAAGUCUUGUCCUGUAGUGGGGGAGGUGCUAACCCGCGGCCCGCACGUGAUGAGUGGCUACUGGGGCAGGCCAGACGAAACCGCCGCAGUGCUCUCCCCAGAGGGCUGGUUGCGCACGGGAGACAUGGGCUGGAUCGACUUUUCCGGGCAGCUUUGGCUGCUGGGCAGGCGAAAAGAAAUGAUGAAGUCGGGCGGGGAGAAUGUGUUCUGCGCAGAGGUGGAGGAGGCAGUGAGAGCACACCCGGGAGUGGCGGCAGCAGCAGCGGCAGGGGUGCCAGAUGAGCGCAUGGGGGAGGCGGUUGCUGUGCUGCUGGUGCUGAAACCGGGAUGGGUGUGGUCGGGAGUCGGCAGUAAUGACAGUGGUGGUGGUGAUGCUGGCGGUGCUGGCGGUGCUAGUGAUGUCGGCAGGUUUGGUAGUGGUGGUGGCAGUGCAGCAAGGGCAGCUGCUGCUAAGAACGUGUCGUUGAGUGACUUGCAUGCUGCCUGCCAGCAGCACGGCCUUUCCAGACUCGGAAUAAGCCCGAGGCAGCACAACCAGAGACAGCAGCAACAGCAGCGGAGGUUGGUGGGCGUGUUCACAGUGCGGUCGAGUGCGGUAGAGAACGCGGCAGCUGAGACCAAUGUGACGGACGAAGGGAAGCAGCUGCAGCAGCGGAAGGCGGAGUGGGCGCGGGUGCGGGGGGUGGCGGAGAGGGGCGCAGUGGUGCGCGGGCGAGUGGUCUCCGCCAACGCGGGGGGGCUCAUGGUGCGCCUGGGCCCGCUGCAGGCGUUCCUGCCGCUCUCCCAGCUCGACCCCUCGCGUCUCAGAGGGACAGCAGCGUCGCCGGCCCCCAGUGUAGCGGACGUAACUCGAGGGCUGGUAGGCAGCAUGGUGGGGGUGAGAGUCCUGGAGUUGGACGAAGCCCGAACGCGUCUGGUGGUGUCGGAGAAGCGGGCAGCAGCAGGCAAGGGGCUGCCGCGCGUGCAGCAGGGGCGCGUGUACCCGGGCGUCGUCUCCUCGCUCACUGACUUCGGCGCCUUUGUUGACCUCUUCCAACCGGAGGGAGUCAGAGAGGAGGGAGACAAGGAGGGGGGCAAGGGGGGGGAGAAGGAAGGGGACAAGGAGGGCGCGUUUCUGGCGACAGGGCUGGUGCAUGUGUCUGAGCUCUCUUGGGACCCCGUUCGCUCGCCCGCUGAUGUGGUAGCUGUGGGGGAUACAGUCAACGCAUUGGUGCUGCAGGUGGAUAGGGAGAGGGAGCGAGUGGGGCUGUCACUGAAGCAGGUGCAGGCAGACCCGCUCCUCGAGACGCUAGACCGCUUGCUGCCCUUCCAACCCGCACCAGAUGCCACCUCCCCUUCUGCGUCCGCCCUUGAGGUGUCAGUUCCUUCUGCCCUUGAGGUGUCAGUUCCUUCUGCCCUUGAGGUGUCAGUUCCUUCUGCCCUUGAGGUGUCAGUUCCUUCUGCCCUUGAGGUGUCAGUUCCUUCUGCCCUUGAGGUGUCAGUUCCUUCUGCCCUUGAGGUGUCAGUUCCUUCUGCCCUUGAGGUGUCAGUUCCUUCUGCCCUUGAGGUGUCAGUUCCUUCUGCCCUUGAGGUGUCAGUUCCUUCUGCCCUUGAGGUGUCAGUUCCUUCUGCCCUUGAGGUGUCAGUUCCUUCUGCCCUUGAGGUGUCAGUUCCUUCUGCCCUUGAGGUGUCAGUUCCUUCUGCCCUUGAGGUGUCAGUUCCUUCUGCCCUUGAGGUGUCAGUUCCUUCUGCCCUUGAGGUGUCAGUUCCUUCUGCCCUUGAGGUGUCAGUUCCUUCUGCCCUUGAGGUGUCAGUUCCUUCUGCCCUUGAGGUGUCAGUUCCUUCUGCCCUUGAGGUGUCAGUUCCUUCUGCCCUUGAGGUGUCAGUUCCUUCUGCCCUUGAGGUGUCAGUUCCUUCUGCCCUUGAGGUGUCAGUUCCUUCUGCCCUUGAGGUGUCAGUUCCUUCUGCCCUUGAGGUGUCAGUUCCUUCUGCCCUUGAGGUGUCAGUUCCUUCUGCCCUUGAGGCGUCCUCUGCUGCUCCCUCCUCUCCCCUCCCCGGUGCCACCUCACCCCCUGCCCUACCUGGCCUGCUAGCUCUCUGCAACCAGCUCAGGCAGCAACCAGGCAACUCCUCUCCUCCUCCCCUGCCAGUCCUGCUAGCCCUUGACAACCACCUCAGGAUCGUGUCAGUGACGCUGGGAAGGCAGGCAGUGGAGCGACGGGUGGUGUCUCAGGACCUAGAGCUCUGGCUGUCCAAUGCGCCAGCAGCAGAGGGGCAGUUUGCACUGCUGGCACGAGCAGGCCGACUGGUGCAAGAGGUUCAAGUUGUUGCCACUUUGGAUCGGGAGCAAAUGAAGGAAGUGCUUAAGCAAAUCUCUUAG